AUGGCGCAAGCUUCCGAAGUAAGCCCAGGACCUUCGGGUAACCGUUCUGAAGAACAGCAGGUUAUGAAUCGCCCAAGUAGAAGUGGAGCAGUGCUUGAAGGAGAGCAAGCUAGACCGAACUAUGGUGCUGUGAAUGGUGUUUUGCCGCCAACAGAACACUUCCCCUUGGAAGGCUCACUUCGGCCCGUCCGGGUCAGAGGAGAGAAUGGUCACAUUGAGGCAACUACAUCUACGGCAGUGGCGGCGGAGAACGAUGGUGGAGCACCUGGGGCAGCGAGUCUGCCAACCGGAUCGGCCGUGGAAGCGCGAAUUUCCGGACCGGGCGCGACGACGAGUGUAGUGCGCGAGCAAUGGCAGCCACCACCACCGCCACCAACACAGCAGCAGGCAGCAGUCCUACCGCAGCCGCCUCAGCAUGAAGCUACACAGCUUCCUCGAGUACCACUUCGUCUACCGCAACCGCUGCAGCAGAACGAGUCGACUAAUCGACUUCCUCCUCCGCUACAUCAAGCUGUUGAGCAGUUGGCGGAGCAGCGUACAGCAGUUGUGCAGGCUGUACAAAGCAGGGCACAGAGAGCCUUAUUGGUGGCACCAGUGUUGGAACAUGUUCAAGGACCAGAGCGAGGUCCGCAAGCUUCACCCACUUGGCACUCCCCUACUUCAGCACAGGCGACCGAACCACCUUUGAUGUCUCCGGAAACCUGGAGGGCCAUGGCUGAGUGGACAGCUCAGCAGACUUCCUUGACUACCUCUGUGCCGGAACCUCCGCCUAUGAGGGACGAUAGCUCGGCCGGAAGUAUGAGCCGGGAACUUGUGAUGGAGGAAGUGAAGAGGCAGCCCAGCUCCUCAAUGAUGUGUUUCAAGCAGGUGGAGGGAAACCUGAACCCGGACUUCGCGGGCCUAUGGGUGGACCUCAAGGCCUUGAAGCUGGAGGCAUUCCGCCGGGAGAAGUUGAAGGUUCAAGUCGGGUCCCGAGAGCUCCACCCGGUCUACCCGGACCUGCACCCCUACCUGGCAGCAAUCCACAAGAUCGGGGACGUGGAGAAGAGCACAACCCAUUGGUGGGAUGCCAGGUCGAGCGGACCAGAGAUGACGGCGGAGACCAUGGGGUCUCUUGAUGGGUCCCGCUCUCGUUGGAGCGACGUUCCGAAGGAGAAGGAUGGCCUUUCUCCACUGGAUGUGUUGGUGCGAGGAAUGAAGCAGUUGCAGGAUGUCUACCUGGAAAAGAAGACGCCGGAGUUUGAGGCUCUGAAGAACAAAUGUGGAGUUACCACAGCUCCCGGACCCGGCAAGAUGGAGUCGGUUGGAGAGAAAGGUGAUGACGAUGAGCACCCGCGCUUGAGAGCUGUAGAUGGUCAGGCGGGCACUGGUGGCACCGCGGCAAGGACGCCGCCCAGCUCGCCGGGGAAGGGUGGGACAAAGCAACCGGCCGAGCCCAUUCAGACGUUUUCUCCCGAGGCCCUUCAAAAUCCAGAGCUGCAGACUUUCAUGAAGGAGGUGAAUGUUAUGCUUCAGAGAAUGGCCAGGCUUAGCGCCCUUCAGGUUGCGGAUGUUGAGGCGGUGGAGUCUUUGCGUGAUGAGGUGGCUCUGAAGUCCGAUACCAAGGCGCCACCAGUAUCGGUCAAGCUUGCUGACGGCAAGACUGUGAUGUUGCGCCAGAACAGGGCGGGCACUCUCAUUUUUUGCGGGAACAGCAACAACAACCAGCGUUCCUCGAAUUCCUCCUUUACUACCAUUGUACCCCUCGGGUCGUUAGUGAAGGAAUUGGCAUGUACGGUGUCGUGGACAAAGCGAGGUUUACAAGUUGAGCACCCGGAGCACGGCACGAUUUCCACCCACGUGGUGGAGUCCUGCCCUUACAUUGGCGAGCCGCAGGCUCUCGAACUUAUUCGGGAAUUGGAAAGUCGCAAGCUGGAACAACUGAAGGUGAACACCAUUGAGACUCAGCUGAGGAUGAAUGGCCUGGAAGCACAGUUGAGCUUUGGGGCUCAGUUGCAGGAAUACCGGCGCACGGGGAAUCGCGCUGAUGGUCUCAAGGCUUUGAUGUGUGAGGACUCGGCGUUUGGUGUGCUUACAGAACAGCAGCGAUGCUCCUUGAUCCAGGACAUUGAUUUGAGUGACAAGGCAGGCCACCAGUACCUGAAGGCGUUGCCCAUCAAGAGAGCUAUGAGAAGGAGGUUGAUGACGACUCGGUGGCUUGUGCACAUGUACUCAGGCAACAAGUCUGAUGAUGAUUUCAAGGUGUUGGAAGAGGACGGAGUGACCCUUCUGAACAUCGACCUGAGUGUCAGCAAGGCCUUCAAUGUACGGGAGCCGAGUCCAGCCUACCGAGCUCUUUUGUGGGCAGCAAUGAGAGGUCAAGUUCAUGGUGUGCUUGGAGGACCUCCUAGAAAUGAGGGUGUCGGUGAUUUGGUUCUGAAGCAGAUGUUCCUCUGGGCGGUGGCACGGUCAGCGGCGGAAAACUACGAGAUCGCGACCCCGGGCUUUGCAAUGACCAUGCCUACUGCUAGUGAGCUUUGGAAGUCGGAGCUUUGGAAGAAGUUUCGUUCGGAGACUGAAGUGAAGGUUGCAGCCGGGAGCCCGAGCAUUACUGUGGCUACGUCUCUUGAGUUGAAGAUGCCGGUGAAUGAUUGGGAAGUUCAAUCUUCAACGGGAGCUUUGGUAUGGACGAAGGAGUUCAAGGAGAUCUUGAUUCGGGGUUUCCAAAAAUGGCGGACGGUCAUUGCUCUUCGGCGACUUGAUGGUCCUUUGAGUGGCAUGAGUAAGGAAGAGCUCCACAGGUGGAUUCAACAUGUUCGAGCUGGUCAUGUCCCUUACAACAAACGUUGCCAAACGUGUGUGGCCACCAGGGCCACCGGUCAUGCGCACCGUAAGGUUGAGUACCCUUCGUGCUACACAAUGUCGGUGGAUGUUUGUGGAGGACAUACCCCUGAAGCCUUGGACAAUAAGUAUAUGCUGGUGGCCUCCUACGUUAUGCCAGUACUUCCAGGAAGGGCCAAGGGAUUUGAAGAUGACAUCAUCAACGUGCCGGGGGCUGGUGUUGGUGACAUACCACUAGGUGACCCAGCUUCAACCGAUCCACCAGACGACCUACUGGGUCGAAGUGGUUUAGUGGCCCGCAGGCCCAGAAGAUAA